AUGGACGAUCACAUUCUGAUCUCCGACGGGGAAGAUCAGACUACUCCACUCCCAUCACUCUCGAAACGGGCUCGAAAGGAACCCAUCUCUGCGAUACUGAUAUCCGAUUCCGAUCCGACGCCGCAGAAGCAACCGCCGGAAUCUUCGUCCACUCCUUUGUUCGUCCCUGAUACACCUUUUCCCGAUGAUUUCUCUGUCGUCAAGUGUCGUCAAGCCGUAAUUUCAAACCGCGAUGACAAAUUCUCCGGCAAACGAGUCAUAUCUCUGGAUUCUGAGUUCGAAGAUAGUCCACAACCCGAAACUUCGAAGAAAUAUGGACCUGUGCUUGCUGAUUUUAGGGAGCAAUGUCGUGGAUUAGAAUCUGGAUUCAGUGAUGCUGAUUGUAGUGAGGCCAACUAUGAGAAUGCUAGAAUACCUGAGAGAAGCUCAGGCAAACGGGUCAUAUCUCUGGAUUCGGUGUUUAAAGAUAGUUCUCGACCUGAAACUUCGAGAAAGUAUGAACCUUUUAGGGAACCGCAUCAUAGAUUGGAUUCUAGAUUCAGUGAUGCAGAUUCUAUUGAGGCGAGUACUAAAAUAAUUGAGUCAAACAUUGAUGAUAACACUAAUUGGAUGCAUGAAGUCAGUUUUCCCCCGUCGUUGACCAGUGAUACUAUCGAGGUAGAUUCUGACCAAGAAAAAGAAAAUAUAAGCAUCGAGAAAAUGGCUCGGAAAAAGCAGAUCAGAAGCCACAAAAGUACUGCUCUUCCGGGUGAAGCAUUGCCAAAAAAGCAGCUGUCAAAGGAAGAAAAGAUUCAUGCAAUGGAGGAAAAGAAGUUAAGGAAAGAGCAAGAGAAAUUACAGAAAGCAGCCUUGAAAGCAGAAGAAGCUCAGCGUAAAAAGCUAGAGAAGGAAAUGCAGAAAUGGGAAAAGGGAAAGUUAGCCCUUAAAUCUAUUGUUGCUGAGAUUGAUACUAAAUUGGUGGAAGGAUCCAUUGGAGGACUUCUGCUUUCAAGGUUCUCUGAGAAAGGCAUUACAUUCCGCGUAGCACCUAAUCCAAUAGAGAGAUCCAUUGUGUGGACAAUGACAAUUCCAGAGGAUAUUGCUCCGGUACGAUAA